GUAGCCGUAAGUGGCGAAAGACGUUGGGAGUGCGAGGUUAGACUGUGCUCAGCUUCUCUUCAUUUCUGUUAGACGCAGUCGGUUGGUUUCUCCCCCGCCGGUAACGGUUUAGAAGAGCUGGUCUUGCAACAGGGUCGCAGGGGAGGGAGCCGGGAGCCAGCACUCCGAGAUGGGGAAGAAAAGCAGAGUGAAAAGCAGAGUGAAAACGCAGAAGUCGGGGAGCGGAGCCACAGCGCAGGUUUCACCAAAAGAAAUGCUGAACCUGGUCAGUGAACUGCUGCAGAAGUGCACCAACCCGAACUCCGUUCCCGGGAGAGAAUGGGAGGAAUAUGUACAGAUCAGAGGACUUGUGGACCGAAUCCGCAAAAAACAGAAAGGUUUAUCUGUUGUAUUUGAAGGUAAAAGGGAGGAUUAUUUUCCAGAACUAAUGGAAUGGGCCCAAAAGAACGGCUCUUGGACAGAUGGCUUUGAAUUAGUAGAGUUUCCUGCUGAAGGCUUUGGCUUAAAAGCUACAAAAGCAAUAAAGGCUGAAGAGUUAUUUCUUUGGGUCCCCAGGAAAGUACUGAUGACUGUUGAAUCUGCUAAAAACUCAGUGUUGGGUUCCCUUUAUUCUCAAGACCGGAUUUUGCAGGCCAUGGGAAAUAUCACUUUGGCUUUCCACCUCCUUUGUGAGCGAGCCGACCCCAAUUCCUUCUGGCUUCCUUACAUUAAAACCCUCCCCAGCGAGUAUGACACCCCUUUGUACUUCGAGGAAGACGAAGUUCAGCAUCUCCAGUCGACCCAAGCCAUACACGACGUAUUCAGUCAGUAUAAGAACACAGCCCGCCAGUAUGCCUACUUCUACAAGGUCAUUCAGACGCACCCCAGCGCUGCGAAGCUCCCACUGAAGGAUUCCUUCACUUUUGACGAUUACAGGUGGGCCGUCUCUUCCGUCAUGACGCGGCAGAAUCAGAUCCCGACGGAGGACGGCAGUCGGGUCACCUUGGCUUUGAUCCCGCUCUGGGAUAUGUGCAAUCACACCAACGGCUUGAUAACUACAGGUUAUAAUUUAGAGGAUGACCGAUGUGAGUGCGUGGCGCUGCAGGACUUUAAAGAAGGCGAACAGAUCUACAUAUUUUAUGGCACUCGUUCAAACGCUGAGUUUGUGAUCCACAACGGCUUCUUCUUUGAAAAUAACUCGCACGACCGAGUGAAAAUAAAGCUGGGCGUCAGUAAGAGCGACAGGCUGUAUGCCAUGAAGGCCGAAGUCCUCGCCCGGGCUGGCAUCCCCCCAUCCAACGUGUUUGCCCUGCAUAUCACGGAGCCUCCGAUCUCGGCCCAGCUCUUGGCCUUCCUUCGGGUCUUCUGUAUGAGUGAGGAUGAAUUGAAAGAACAUCUGAUAGGAGACCACGCCAUCGAUAAAAUCUUCACCCUUGGGAAUGCCGACUUUCCAGUGAGCUGGGAUAAUGAGAUCAAGCUGUGGACGUUCCUCGAAGCCAGGGCUUCUCUCCUCUUAAAAACAUAUAAAACCACAGUAGAGGAUGAUAAAUAUAUUUUGAAGCAGGGAGACUUGACAUUUCAUUCCUCGAUGGCCAUCAAGCUGCGUCUGGUGGAGAAGGAGAUUUUAGAAAAAGCCGUAAAAAGUGCGUCUGACAAUCGGAAGCUGUUUACUAAGAACUCUGAGGAAGGAAUUCCGCUCCCAAAAUACGAGGAGAGCAACAUUGCGUUUCUCGAGAACAGCGAUUCCAAACUCCCUCUGGUGCUGCGGAAUCUGGAGGAGGGGGACGCGGGUCAAGGGGAUCUGAAGAUCCAAGAAGCCCUCGCCAUCUCCGAGAUCACCGAGAACGGUUUAGUGAACGGAAAGGACUCUCUACCCAACGGGACCAAACCCGAGAACGAGAACGUCCUCGCGGGAAGAAACGCCACGCAAAACGAGAACGCCAAAGAUUUUCCUUCAGAAAGUACCGAAGAGGCAAAAGUGCAAUUGUGAAAAUAAGCAGGACUUUCAAAAAGAGAUUAAAACAGAAGUUUAUGAAACCGC